GGAAAUGAAACCGACCCCCACCCUGUCCCCUGCCACCUGUGUGUCCCCCAGCUGGGGACCCUGCCCUGCAUCUCAGAUCUGCUGCCUGUAGCUCCGAAUCAGAGGAAAGGCUGACUGGGGAGCUGGAAGAAGAGGUUUCUGUAUCCCCUUACUCCCCUCUUCUCCAGCCCAAUGUUCACGCACGGGACCCUGCUCCUCUUCAGCCUCAGUGGACUCUUCCUGCCUCCCGCUUGCUCCCGGAUUCCGCAUUCACCCAGCCCCUGCCCCUGGAAAUGUAUCCGAUUCGUCCAGAUGUGGCCGGGAUCCUUCUGUGUGGCUCUGCAGCAGAAGUUUCAAUGUGUCCUGCCUCCCGGCUCGAAUUCGUGGACUAUCCAUGGACUCUGGCCCAACAAAGUGCAGAACUGCUGUGGCUGCUGGAGACUCUUCCGCUCCGACCUGGGGGAUCUGUCCCCCCUCCUGGACCAGCACUGGCCGACGUUCCUCAAUCUCAGCAACAUCCACUUUUGGCAGGAGGAGUGGUGGAAACAUGGCACGUGCGCUGCCUGCCUGGAGACCCUCAGCUCCCCCAGCAAGUUCUUCGGGGCAGCGCUCAAACUGAGGGAGGUCUUCAACAUAGACAGAGCCUUUCAGAGAGCAGGUAUCGUUCCUACCUGCAGCCACAGCUACCAGUUGGACUCCCUGCAAGCGGCGUUGAAGCCGGUCCUGGGUGAGGAGAACGAGCUGCAGUGUGCGACCGACGGACAGGGCCGCGAGGUGCUCGUCCAGGUGCAGGUGUCUCUGUUCCAGAACUUGUCCCGGGCCUGCAAGGCGUCCGGCCCACCCGAUGGGACCGUCUCCCCCUACCACCGCUGCAGGGCCCAGGCGCCCAUCCUGUUCGUGCCCCCCGACCCCGCCCGACCCCGGGACCCCUGCCCCUGACCCCACCACUGGGCUUUCUCCUUAGAGCUCAACCCUCCAAGCCCUUUCCCACUCUUCUUCCCUCCAAACCCUUUCCCACUCCUCUUCUCGCCAAGCCCUUUCCCACUCUUCUUCCCUCCAAGCCCUUUCCCACUCUUCUUCCCUCCAAGCCCUUUCCCACUCUUCUUCCC